AUGGAAUUUUUACAUAUAAAAUCUUUGGUAUGUUAUUCCUAUCUAUAAGAAUGGACUAUUUAUUAAUCAUGGUUGCUUUUUGACAACUCGUGGAUUAAAAAAUUAUUAAUCAAAAACGAGUGUACAAGCUACGAAUAUAAUAGUUUAAUAACAAAUUUUUGAGCUACCAUUACAUAAUUAAAUCAAUCUAUCAUUUAUGUUUUGGAUGUAAUUAUAUAAUAAUUAAGAUAUUCUAAACUCUUCCAGUGAAGGUUUUGAAUUUCAUUUAUACGUUGAUAACUAAAUUAUAUCUGUUUUUUAGACUUCCUUAUAUAGUCUAAUAAACUCAUCUUGA